AUGGAAAAAAAAGAAAAGCCACGAAUAGGAAUGAAAGCAGAAGAAAAGACACCAGAAAUGAAAAAAGAAGGAAUGCAUGUAAGAGGAACAAAUACGAUCGAAGAUUCAAAGACGUCGAAAAUACAAGAAAAAGAAAAGUCACAGAUGGAAUCGAAAAAAGAAGGAAAGACAUACGGAGAAGUGAAAGAAGAAGAAAAGCCCCAAAAAGAAAUUAAAGAAGAAGGAAAGCAUUUAGGAGAAACAAAAACGAAAGAAGAUUCGAAGGAAAAGCUUCAAAAAGAGAUCAAAGAAGAAGGAAAGCAUUUAGGAGAAAUAAAAACGAAAGAAGAUUCGAAGAAGUCAGGAAAAAGGGAAGAAAAAAGAAAGUUAUUGAUAAAAACGAAUAAAGAAGGAAAGACACCAAGGGAAAUAAAAAAAGAAGAAGAAGAAAUGAAGCUAUUGAGAAAAGCGAAGGAAGCAAAGACGCCCGAAGAAGUGAAUAAAGACAAAAAGCUACUAGAGACGAAAGAAGAAAAAAGGACAUCAGAGGAACUAGAAGGGGAAAAGUCACGAAAAGAAAUGAAAAAGAAAGGGAAGCACUUAAGAGAAACUAAAAAGGAGGAUUUUAAGACGUCAGGAAAAAUGGAAGGAAAAGAAAAGUUACUUACAGAAACGAUUAAAGAACGGAAGGCACCAGGAGAUUUGAAAAAAGACGAAAAGCCCCGAAAAGAAAUCAAAGAAGAAGGAAAGACAACAGGAGAGAUAAAAAACGAAGAAAAGAAACCACUAGGAGAAACGAAACAAGAAGCAAAGAUGGCCGAAGAAGUGAAUAAGGACAACAGGCUACUAGGGGAGACGAAAGAAGAAGGAAAAACAACAGAGAAAAGGGAAGAAGAGAAAAAGUCAAGGAAAGCCAAACGAACGCAGAUGGGAGGAACGGUAGAAAUGCGAUCAGAAGAAGAGGGAAAAGGCCUGUUAGAAGGAGGAGCUCUGCCGGAGGGAGUGGGGCCACAAGUAUCACAGAUUUCAGGAGGAGGACCACAGGGUGAAAUAUCUUCAGGAGAAGGAGCGCAUUCGGAUGGAGAAGGGUCAUUAGGAGGAGAGACUUUAGUACAAGGACAACCAGGAAAAACGUCAUUGAGGGGAGAAGGGCUGCCGAAGGGAGUAGAGCCACCAGGACCGGACAUUUUAGGAGGAGAAUCAGAGGGUAAAACGCCUUCAGGAAGAGGGGCUCUGCCGGAGAGAGUAACGCCCCCACCAGGAGGAAAAGAGACGCCGGGAGAAGUAACGCUACCACCAGUUGGAGGAGAGCAGCCGAGGAAAGCAAUGCCACCACCAGGGGGAGAAGAGCAGCCGGGAAAAGUUACGCCACCAAUAGAAGGAGGAGAGCAGCCGGGAAAAGUAACGCCACCACCAGUCGGAGGAGAGCAGCCGGGGAAAGUAAUACUAGCAGCAGAAGAAGGAGAGCAGCCGAGGAAAGCAAUGCCACCACCAGUUGGAGAAGAACAACCGGGGAAAGUAAUAUUAGCAGCAGAAGAAGGAGAGCAGUCGGGGAAAGGAGCGCCACGACCAGGGGGAGCAGAGCUGCCGGGGGCAACGCCACCAGAAGGAGGAAAAGAGCAUCCGGGGAUAACGUCACCAGGAAGAGGUGGAGAA